GCCAUCAUCUUUGAAAAUUCCCAGCCGCCGGCACCCGAUUCUCCGCGUUACAACUUCAAUCCAUGCCUAUAUAUAGUUGGAAUCACCCAUCUCCUCUGCUUACACCCACCAAUUCAAGCUCACUCAUCAUCUCCAAUGGCGGCUCCACGCACCUCCAUUGUCGACCUCCUCUGUUUCUCCUUUUUCAUCCUCUUCCUUUCUUCUUCUUCUUCCGCCGCCUCCUUUCGCCCCAAGGCUCUUGUAGCCCCUGUCACCAAAGACGCAUCCACCCACCAAUAUCUCACCCGAAUCAGCCAAAGGUCACCGCUUGUCCCCGUCGACCUCGUCCUGCAUCUCGGCGGCGAGUUCUUGUGGGUGGACUGCCACGCCAACUACGUCUCCACCACUUACCGCCCCGUCCUGUGCCGGUCCGCGCCCUGCUCUCUGGCCGGGUCCAAUGGCUGCGGGGAUUGCUUCUCCGCUCCCCGCCCCGGAUGUAACAAUAACACCUGCGGGGUCUCGCCGGAUAAUCCUGUCACCCACACGUCCACCGGCGGCGAGUUGGCUCAGGACGUUGUUUCGGUCAGUUCGACUGACGGGUCGAGUCUCGGAAAGCCGGCGGCCGCCUCUGGCUUCGUCUUCUCUUGCGCUCCCAGUUUUCUGCUGCAGGGGCUGGCUAAGGGAGCGGUCGGAAUUGCCGGUCUGGGCAGGACCCGAGUCGCCCUCCCCUCUCAAUUCUCCUCUGUUUUCAGCUUCAACCGGAAAUUCGCCAUUUGCCUGACGUCAUCAACCGGCGUUGUCUUCUUCGGCGACGGCCCCUACAAUUUCCUGCCCAAUGUCCAUGCGUCCGAGCUCCUGACGUACACCCCGCUGCUGAUAAACCCAGUGAGCACCGCCGGCGCCUCAUCUCCAGGCCAGCCGUCGGCGGAGUACUUCAUCGGCGUCAAGUCGAUCCGAGUCGGCGAAAAGGACGUGAAACUCAAUAACUCGCUGCUGACAAUCGACGCCCAGGGAAACGGAGGAACGAAGAUCAGCACCGUAGAUCCGUACACGGUGAUGGAGACAUCGAUCUUCAAAGCGGUGACGGAGGCGUUCGUGAAGGAGGCCGCCGCGAGGAACAUCACGAGAUCGGCGGCGGCGGUGGCGCCCUUCGAGGUGUGCUUCGGGGCAGAGAACGUCCUGAGCACGCGGGUCGGCGCAUCGGUGCCGUGGAUCACUCUGGAUCUGGAAGGGCAGGGGGCGACGUGGACGAUCACGGGGUCGAAUUCGAUGGUGGACCUGCGGGAUUCCGGGAAGAACUUGCUGUGCCUGGCGGUGGUUGACGGAGGGCGGAACCCUAGGUCAUCGAUCGUCAUCGGCGGGUACCAAAUGGAAGACAAUCUAAUGGAGUUUGACUUGGCCAGGUCAAGAUUGGGUUUCAGCUCCACACUGUUAGGACGCCGGACCACUUGCGCCAACUUCAACUUCACGUCCGCCGUUUAAUAUUAAAUUCCGAUCAGUAAAUUAAAUUCAAUAAAGAAAUGAAAUGGUACAUGCUUUACACUUAAAUAAACAAAUAAAAUUUGUGGUAUUCAUUGCGUUUCGAAAUUAAUCACCAAUUGUUUAGUCAAAUUUUUUUGUAUGUUUUUUUAAUUAUUUGAUAAAAUAAAAUAUUCAUAUCUUU